AUGCAGGAAGGUGAUGCAGGCACCGUACACAUGCAGGAAGGUGAAACAUGCACAAUACACAUGCUGGUGGGUGAAGCAGGCACAGUACAUAUGCAGGAAGGUGAAGCAGGCACAGUACACAUGCAGGAUGGUGAAGCAGGCCCAAUGCACAUGCAGGAAGGGGAAGCAGGCACAGUACACAUGCAGGAAGGUAAAGCAGGCACAGUACACAUGCAGGAAGGUGAAGCAGGCCCAGUACACAUGCAGGAAGGUGAAGCAGGCACAAUACACAUGCAGGAAGGUGAAGCAGGCACAAUACACAUGCAGGAAGGUGAAGCAGGCCCAGUACACAUGCAGGAAGGUGAAGCAGGCACAGUACACAUGCAGGAAGGUGAAGCAGGCACAGUACACAUACAGGAAAGGGAAGCAGGCACAGUACACAUGCAGGAAGGUGAAGCAGGCACAGUACACAUGCAGGAAGGUGAAGCAGGCACAAUACACAUGCAAGAAGGGGAAGCAAGCACAGUACACAUGCAGGAAGGUGAAGCAGGCACAGUUCACAUGCAAGAAGGUUAA